AUGAAGAAACAAUUAAGUCUUGAUAAUAGUCCGGAAGACAUCCUAUCAGCGGAGUCACAAGCUGGCGAGCUCUCCUUCUUGGAACCAAUCCAGGAUGAUGCGGUAUUCGGUGAAAUUCGCGAAGGAGAUACCAAUUAUCGUAACGUGAGCUGUAUAGGAACCGUUGCCCUUAUGUUGAAAGUGCAAAUUGGCCUUGGCGUUCUCACGAUACCCAGCUGUUUCGACAUUCUUGGGAUAAUACCUGGAGUUAUUGUUCUGCUUGCAAUUGCAGCGACGACAACCUGGUCGAAUUGGAUGGUGGGCGUGUUCAAAAUACGCCAUCGUGAGGUCUAUGGCAUCGGCGAUGUUGGAAAGAUGCUCCUUGGGCGCGUUGGAUACGAGCUGUUCGGCGGGGCUUAUAUGCUAUACUAUAUCUUCACUGGUGGAUCUGCCCUCUUGAGCAUCUCGAUCGCCUUUAAUGCGCUCUCUGAUCAUGCAGCAUGCACUGCCAUUUUUGUGGCUGUUGCAGCCAUCAUUGGCUUUUCCUUCUCUAGUAUCCAGACCCUUGCCCGUAUAAGCUGGCUCGCCUGGAUAGGUGUAUCGUGCGUUAUCAUUGCAGUAUUCAUUGUCACGAUCGGUGUCGGGGUCCAGGGCCAUGCACCAAUGACUGCAGGUGUCAUCCCAGAAUCCGACUAUAAGCUCUUUGGCAGCCCAAGCUUUGUUGAAGCCAUGACUGCCGUGUCAACGAUAACUCUAGCCUACGCCGGGGCCCCAGCAUUCUUUAACGUCGUCUCCGAAAUGCGUGAUCCGCAUCUCUUUACUAGAUCCCUCACUAUAUGCCAAGUUAUUGUCACGGCAAUCUACAUAGUGGUCGGAACAGUUGUAUACUACUACUGUGGUUCCCAUGUAGCCUCACCAGCUCUUGGCUCUGCUGGACCCUUGCUCAAGAAGAUUAGUUAUGGUUUUGCGCUACCGGGGUUGUGUGUUUCUGUGGUCCUAUUUCUUCACUUACCUUCCAAACACAUUUUCAUGCGCAUUCUCCGGGGUUCUAGACACCUUACUGCGCCGACUCCAACGCAUUGGAUCACCUGGAUAGGCUGUACUUUCAGUAUAACUACAAUCGCGUACAUCGUCGCCAGCAGCAUUCCCGUAUUCAGUGAUCUUGUAUCACUUGUUGGUGCUCUUCUGGCCACAUCAUUAUGUUUCCAGCCUAUGGGGUUUAUGUGGCUGUACGAUAACUGGGGACCCGGCAAGGCAGAAAAGUCCAUGAAGUGGUGUUUAUGUGUGGCUUGGUGUGUGUUUAUAAUCCUAACUGGGGUCUUCUUGACGAUCGGGGGCACUUAUGCUUCGGUAGUGAGCAUUAUAAAGUCUUACCAGGAGACCGGAGGAUCCUCUGCUUGGUCUUGUGCCGAUAAUGAUAACUAA